GUGUGUAAAAUCAACAGUUUGACUACCAGUCAACAAACCAAAUGCGUACUCUGUUUAUACACUGCCGAACCUACUGCUCAAAUAUUGCAAAUUCUCAGAUCACACGCCAUGGCCGCCUCGGCCAAAUUCAUCGUGCUCGUGAAAUAUUCGACUCUUUACACCAAAAAACCAUCGUUUCAUGGAACUCAAUUGUCGCCUGUUACUUCAACAACAACCAACCUUAUGAAGCCCGCCAACUGUUCGACGAAAUGCCUGAACGAACCACUGUUUCUUUUAACGGUUUGAUUUCUGGGUAUGUGAAAAAUGGGAUGUUAAAGGAAGCCCGGUGUGUGUUCGACGAAAUGCCUGAGAGAAAUGUAGUGUCCUGGACUGCUAUGAUUAGAGGGUAUGUGGAACAGGGUUUGGUUUCUGAGGCGGAAUCGCUUUUCUGGCAGAUGCCGGAACGGAAUGUGGUGUCGUGGACGGUGAUGUUGGGUGGACUUAUUAAAGAGAAUGAGGUCGAUAAGGCUCGUCGGCUUUUUGAUGCUAUGCCGGUUAAAGAUGUGGUUGCUAAGACUAGUAUGGUUGGUGGGUAUUGUCAGGCGGGUCGGUUAACUGAAGCGCGCGAGCUUUUUGAUGAAAUGGAUGAAAAGAAUGUGGUUACGUGGACGACGAUGAUUUCUGGUUAUGUUCAAAACCAGCGUGUCGAUGUUGCGAGGAAACUUUUCGAGGUGAUGCCGGACAAAAACGAGGUGUCGUGGACCGCAAUGCUGAUGGGAUAUACGCAGAGUGGACGAAUGGAAGAGGCUAUGGAGCUUUUUAACGCCAUGCCUUACAAGUCUGUUGUUGCGUGUAACGCGAUGAUACUUGGGUUGGGCCAGAACGGGGAUGUCGGUAAAGCGAGGAAGAUAUUCGAUCAGACGAGGGAGAAAGAUGUUGCAACAUGGAGUGCGAUGAUAAAGACUUAUGAAAGAAAAGGGUUUGAAUUGGAAGCGUUGAGUUUAUUUACGUUGAUGCAGACACAAGGAGUUAGACCGAACUUUCCUUGUUUGAUUAGUGCCCUUUCGGUUUGUUCCAGCUUGGCGAGUCUUGAUCACGGAAGAGAGAUUCAUGCGCAGUUAGUCAAAGCUUUGUUCGAUACGGAUGUGUAUGUCGGUUCGGUGUUGAUCACGAUGUACGUGAAGUGUGGUGAUUUGGUUAAAGCGAAGAGCGUAUUCGAUAGAUCUCCGACUAAAGAUAUUGUUAUGUGGAAUUCCAUCAUUACGGGUUACGCGCAACAUGGUUUAGGAGAAGACGCGUUAGAAAUGUUCGGGAAACUGUGUUCUCUAGGCAUUGCGGCAGAUGACGUUACCUUCGUAGGCGUUCUCUCAGCUUGUAGCUACACCGGAAAGAUCGAAGAGGGGCGUGAAAUGUUUGAGUUAAUGAAGUCAAAGUAUUUGGUUGACCCGAAAACCGUUCAUUACGCAUGCAUGGUGGAUCUUCUCGGUCGUGGUGGUCGGUUACAAGAGGCAAUGGAUUUGAUUAAGAAGAUGCCAAUGGAAGCAGAUGCGAUCAUAUGGGGUUCGUUAAUGGGCGCGUGUCGAACGCACAUGAAUCUCGAGAUGGCUGAAGUGGCAGCGAAGAAGCUUUUACAGCUCGAGCCGUGGAACUCCGGACCGUACAUCUUGCUCUCGAACAUAUACGCGUCGAAAGGUAAAUGGGCUGCGGUGGCAGAACUCCGCAAAACAAUGAGAUCGCAGGACGUGAAGAAAACGCCUGGUUGUAGCUGGAUAGUGAUUGAUAACGAAGUGCACAUGUUCAGAGGUGGGGAAAGCAGGCCCCACCGUGAACAGUCGUUGAUUGUCGGGAUGCUGGAAUACUUACGGGGUUUAUUAACGGAAGCUGGUUACGCUCCUGAUGGAAGUUUCGUGCUGCAUGAUGUGGAUGAGGAGGAGAAGGUGCAUAGCUUGGGGUAUCAUAGUGAGAAACUGGCGGUGGCGUAUGGGCUGUUGAAGGUGCCGGAAAAGAUGCCGAUUCGGAUAAUGAAAAAUCUUAGGGUUUGUGGGGAUUGUCAUUCUGCGAUUAAGUUGAUAUCGCAGGUGACGGGUAGGGAGAUUAUUGUGAGAGAUGCGAAUAGGUUUCACCAUUUUAAAGAUGGGUUAUGUUCUUGUAGGGAUUAUUGGUAACAAAUAUAAAUAUAGUUAUUGUGAGAGAUGCGAAUAGGUUUCACCAAAUGAUUUAAUUUACAAGUCGCGAAUUAGUGACGACGAGGAGGAGGAGGAGGUAGUCAGCGGUGUGGUGGUGGCCGGUGGGUUGUGCGGGUUGCAACUUGCACCGAUAGGUAAGGAGUAAUGUUUUUGUGUCUUACACAAAUGGCCCCUCAAUUUAACAUACAGAAUAUUAUAUAAAUGGUCUCUCUAAUUA